AUGAUAUUCGUGGGGAAAUUUGUGACGACGUUCUCCACUUGUCUCUCAUUCACUGCACCUCUGACAUCUGUAUUUAUCCUUGUCCCUGUUUGGCUGAAGUCCACUUUUUCUUUUUAUUUCUUAUUUCCACAUUGUUUUUCCUUCAUCCUUCCUUUUAAAGUCAAUGGUUCACUUUUUCUUCUACACUCACAUGUUUCCUUUUUCCAUUUUGACUCAGUCUAUAUACUUGUCACAGCAACCAAUUGUGAUGACAUUUGUGACAAAAUUUUUGACGAUGUUCUCUGCUCAUUCAUCGUUCACUGUACUCAAUUAAAUCUAUCUAUGCUUGCCGAUAUCUAUCUGCCACUGUGUCCAUAUUUCAUUUGGUUCUUAUCUUUCGUAGUCUGGAAAAAGAAAGCUGGAGAGACUCUCUCUCUCUCUCUCUCUCUUCCUCUCUCUCUCUUCCUCUCUCUUUCUCUCUCUUCUCUCUUCCUCUCUCUCUCUGGGUAG